GUAUUAAGUUAGAUGAUAUAAAGCAUUUAUUCCUCACUCGGCCGGUGCACUGGUGAUUCCACACUAAAACAAAUUUCGUAAUAAUGAUACUACGAUUCGAAUCGUUUGUUGUUUUGUGUGUGCUGGCUAUCUGCGGUUCGGGCCAUGCGAAAUUGGCACCGGACUUCAUCCAUCCGUGCAAUGAAACAUCCAGCGAAUGCCUAAUCAAAGCUACUCAGGACGCGAUACCAGAAUUUGUUAAGGGCAUCCCAAAUCUCGGAGUACCUUCUUUGGACCCUUUUGUCAUUGAAAAGCUCUCCAUACCCCUUACAGGACUGAAAGUGACAUUCUACCAAGGCAAAGUGACUGGGUUCAGAAAAUGCAUCGUUGAUAACGUAAUCUCUGAAUUGGAGAAACGACAUUUCGUUUUGGAGUUCCAUUGCAAUUUAACCAUAAAGGGACAAUACGAUGCUGUUGGAAAAAUUUUACUUUUCCCCAUAAACGGAGAGGGCGACGCUAAAGUUAAGCUCACAAAUCUUAGGAUGAAGGUGGACAUCAAUACAAAGUAUGUAAAGGACGACAAAGGAAAUAACCACUUCGCGUUAAAAAAUUAUAAAUACACUUUUGACUACGGUGAUAAAGUGUUCUUUGAUCUGAAGAAUUUGUUCAAAGAAAGCAAAGAAUUAAGUGAAACUGUAUUAAAUUUCCUCAACGAAAACUGGAAGACGGUAGCAGAGGAAUUCGGAAAGCCAAUAGUGGAUUACGCUGUCGAUUUAGCCAUAAGAACAAUUGAGAAGUUCUUCGUAGAAGUCCCGUAUGAGGAACUCAUAAAUGUACCCAUACCACAGGAUUAGUAUUUGUUAAUAGAUGUUUAUAUUGUAUAUUUAGUUGUAUGGAAUGACCAAAGCCGGCGGGAAUGGAAAUUUAUAUUAUUAUUGUAUCAAAUAAAUUGUAUAAAAUAACCAAA